ACGUGACGAAUGGCGAGUGCAGCUGGAGCCGCGCUAGAGCCGAAAACUCAGGAGCAUGGCUCGGGAUGGAAGUGUUUCUCGGGAGAACGAAGUCUAUCUGUGGUCUAUCCAUCUAUGAAUGUCUGUGUUCUUUCGGUGAACUGUUGGAGGCGGCGUCGGCUGAAAUAUCGAUGCCGUAUCGAGGCGUUCUACGGACCAACCUGGAGGCCUAAAAAGCUCUAUAUUAUGGAGGCUGCCCGUAUACACCACCACCAUAUAUCGAAGGAUCAUCAAUUAGCCACUGUCGAGGUAUUGUGCGGACACACCAGAGGAAGUUUUGUCUGGUCUUUCGGAUAUUUGCCAGAGCGUUAAACGUAAGUUUGUAGAGAAACUGCUUCAGGAUGCUGUUGAGAGCUUCAGUACUACGUCGUGUGGACCAAGCAGUCCGGAUACUACGUACCAUGUCACAAGCAAAGCAGUACUGCAGUGCUGAUAAAAAAGACACCACUGGCAUUGAAUCCAGUGGCAAAGAUGCCGGUGGGGUUUUGGUGGACAGCUUCGGUAGAAAACACACCUAUCUACGCAUUUCUUUGACGGAAAAAUGCAGCCUUAGGUGUGUCUACUGCAUGCCAGAGGAAGGCGUACCAUUGACUCCAAAAGAAAAACUGCUCACUGCUGAUGAAAUAGUGCAGUUAGCAAGUCUCUUUGCUGCUUUUGGUGUGAACAAAAUUCGUCUUACUGGUGGAGAGCCUCUUGUGCGAAAGGAUGCUGUCAGUAUCAUUGAGAGCCUGGCAAAAAUUCCACAGCUUAAUGCGCUGGGCAUGACAACAAAUGGGUUGGUAUUGUCGAAAAAGAUUGCCGACUUGAGGAAUGCGGGUUUGACGCACUUGAACAUAAGCCUUGACACCCUAGUACCUGAGAAAUUUGAAUUCCUGGCAAGGCGCAAAGGCUGGCACGUGGUGAGAAAAGGCAUUGAUGAUGCACUGGCAGCUGGCUUUGACUCCGUUAAGGUAAACUGUGUAGCGAUGAAGGGAAUCAAUGAAGAUGAAUUGGUCAACUUUGUGAAGCUCACGGAAUCUAAUAAUCUUGAAGUGCGAUUUAUUGAGUACAUGCCCUUCGAUGGGAACAAGUGGAGCAGGCAGAAGCUUGUCCCUUUUGAGCGCAUGCUGUCGAUCAUCAAGAAGGAGUUGCCAACGCUGGAGCGGCAAGAAGACGGACCAAAUCAUACCUCAAAGAUAUUCAAAGUACCUGGUUGGACUGGAAAAGUUGGUUUUAUAACUUCUAUGACUGAACAUUUUUGUGGAACUUGCAACCGUAUUCGGAUUACAGCUGAUGGGAACCUCAAGGUUUGCCUGUUUGGUGGUCACGAGGUUUCCUUGAGGGAUGCUCUAAGAGGCAACGCUUCAUCGGACGAGCUCCUGAGCCUUAUUGGAAGCGCUGUGCAGAGGAAGAAGUUCAGCCACGCUGGCAUGGACAAGCUGUCGACGAUGAAGAACAGACCCAUGAUACUUAUCGGUGGAUAGAGUGCUCUUUUUACUUGCAUUCUUCUCCAGGUACCUUUGAAUGCAGAUAGAUAUAUUUUAUUGAUAUACUUGAGUUAAUAAAC